AUGGCGACGACGCUUGCAACCAAGAAACAGCAGUCUCUCACCAGCUUCUUCACACCAAAGAGUGUCAACGGUCUCAAUGCGACCCUUCGCAAGUCCCAAAUUCAAGCAAGUGACGACGCCCCCGAGAGCUCCAAGAAGCGGCCACUCGAGCAGGAUACCGACAAUGGGGGCGAAGCACCACCUCCAAGUCCGAAGCGCGCCAAGGGAAAUGCCGACCACGACCAGAGAAGCCUCGUCUCGUCCAAGCCCCCCAAUCCGAAGCCUGGACCCUCGAAGCCGGGUAACCGGACGGAACGAUACAUCUACAAUGGGUCCAGUUCCCAAGAUAUGGCGGUAGAGGCAGAGCACGAAGAGGAAGAUGACGAUGCGGAGAAGCGCAGGAAGGCAGAGCUGCACAAGAAAUUUGUCAAAAAGUUGGGAAAGCCCGACAGCAUGGCCCAGAUCAAACGGCGGAGCUGGCAGAACGAUAACGAGACAAAAGCACUUGACGCUGAGGAUGGCGAAGAGGCUGAGGAGGAGGAAACAUCCCCACCUACCAAGGGCAAGAAGAAAGGAGCCAAGACUGGCAAGUUGACUCCCAUGGAGAUCCAGUUCCUCGACAUCAAGAGGAAACACAUGGACACCAUCCUGAUUGUCGAGGUCGGGUACAAGUUCAAGUUCUUUGGCGAGGAUGCACGUACAGCUGCCAAGGAGCUAAGUAUAGUAUGCAUACCGGGAAAGUUCCGCUACGAUGAGCAUCCGUCAGAAGCACACCUGGACCGCUUUGCUUCGGCCAGUAUCCCCGUCCACAGGUUACCAGUACAUGCAAAGCGCUUGGUGGCAGCUGGCCAUAAGGUUGGCGUUGUGCGACAGAUCGAGACGGCAGCGCUCAAGAAAGUGGGCGACAACAGGAACACUCCCUUCGUUAGGAAGCUCACCAACGUGUAUACGAAGGGCACAUACAUUGACGAGAUUGGCGAACUCGACCAGCAGGGAGACAGCUCGGGUACCCCGUCAGGGGGUUAUCUUCUUUGUAUUACCGAGACAAAAGCCAAGGGAUGGGGCACAGAUGAGAAAGUCGACGUUGGUAUCAUUGCCGUGCAGCCAGCUACUGGAAAUAUCAUCUAUGACAGCUUCGAAGAUGGCUUUAUGCGGAGCGAUAUCGAGACGCGGCUUCUCCACAUCUCGCCGUGCGAAUUCCUUAUUGUCGGUGAGCUCACCAAAGCUACUGACAAGCUGAUCCAACAUUUGUCUGGGAGCAGCACAAACGUCUUUGGGGACAGAAGCAGAGUAGAAAGAGUACCCAAGUCCAAGACGAUGGCCGCAGAAGUGUAUUCGCACGUUACGCAGUUCUACGCUGGUAAGCUAAAGGAAUCUGAUGCCGAAGGCAAUGAGCAGGCCAGCGCGUUACUCGACAAGGUGCUGAAGCUGCCCGAAUCAGUCACCAUAUGUCUGUCGUCCAUGAUUAACCAUUUGACCGAGUACGGACUCGAGCAUAUCUUCGACUUGACCAAGUAUUUCCAGUCGUUCAGUACUCGCUCCCACAUGCUCAUCAAUGGAACCACCCUGGAAAGCCUCGAAGUUUAUCGCAAUCAGACAGAUCACGCUGAAAAGGGCAGCCUCUUCUGGGCACUCGACAAGACCUUGACCCGAUUCGGCCAGCGACAAUUUCGCAAAUGGAUUGGACGGCCACUCCUGGACCAAGAGAAGCUGGAGGAGCGUGUCGCUGCUGUCGAAGAACUCCUUGAUGGCGCGUCGACGCCAAGAGUCGAUCAACUUCAGCACCUCCUAAUACACACCAGGACUGAUCUAGAACGCAGUCUCAUCCGUAUCUAUUACGGGAAGUGCACACGUCCUGAGCUCGUCGCGGUUCUACAAACAUUACAGAAGAUAUCAACAGAGUUUUCACACGUCAAGUCUCCAGCGGAUACUGGUUUUAGGUCAACCGCCAUCAACGUCGCCAUCAUAGCAUUGCCCCAGAUUCUACCCACAGUACUCUCGUACUUGAAACGCAUCAACGCCGACGCAGCGCGCAAAGAUGACAAGUAUAACUUCUUCCGGGAGACGGAAGAGACGGAUGAUAUCACAGACCACAAGCUGGGCAUUGCGUCGGUAGAGCAGGAGCUCGAUGCGCACCGAAAGGUCGCUGCAGAGAAAUUAAAGAAGAAAGCCCCCGUGACGUAUGUCACUGUUGCCGGCAUCGAGUACCUGAUUGAAGUGUCCAACACGGAGCUGAAACAAGUUCCAGCCAGUUGGGCCAAGAUUAGCGGUACCAAGAAGCUGUCGCGUUUCCACACGCCCGAUGUUGUUCGCUUGAUCUCCGAACGCGACCAGCACAAAGAAGCCCUAGCUGCAGCGUGCGAUACCGCCUUCAAAUCUCUCCUACAGGACAUAGCAGCUAACUAUCAGCCCCUCCGCGACGCCGUAUCAUCCCUCGCAAAUCUUGAUUGCCUCCUCUCCCUCUCCAAAGUCGCCGCACUGCCUGGCUACACUAAGCCCACCUUCUUGCCGUCCUCGUCCCCACCGACAAUAUCCAUCGAGUCCGGCCGGCACCCCAUCGCGGAGCAAACCCUCACCACAUCCUACAUCCCCUUCACCACUUCGCUCUCCUCGCCCUCCCCGCUCGCCCACCUCAUUACGGGCCCCAACAUGGGCGGCAAGUCCUCUCACGUCCGUGCCGUCGCCCUGCUCGUCCUCCUCGCCCAAAUUGGCUCCUUUGUCCCCGCGACCGCAUUCUCCCUCACCCCGACCGACGCCAUCUACACGCGCAUGGGUGCCCGCGACAACCUCUUCCAGGGUGAGAGUACCUUCAUGGUCGAGGUCUCAGAGACUGCCGCCAUCCUGCGCGCCGCCACCCCGCGCAGCCUCGUCAUCCUUGACGAGCUCGGCCGCGGCACCUCCACCCACGACGGCGCCGCCAUCGCCCAGGCUGUCCUCGCCCACGUCGUCGAGGAGACCAAAUGUUUGACCCUCUUUAUUACGCAUUACCAGAGUCUGGCGCGCGUGGCCGAGGGACUGGGUGGUAAAGUGAGGAAUGUACAUAUGCGGUUUACCGCUACCAAGAGGGGGCAGAUUGUUGGAGAUGAUAGUGAUGGAAACGGGCAGAGAGACAGAAAUCCGGAAGAGGAGGGUGGCCAGGAAGGGGACGAGGAGAUCACAUUCCUGUACGAAGUAGGUGAGGGCGUUGCACAUCGCUCAUAUGGGUUGAACGUCGCGCGUCUGGCGCGAAUUCCGCGGAAGGUCCUCGAUGUGGCGGCCAAGAAAUCGCGUGAGCUGGAGGACGAAGUUAAGAUGCGCAGGCUGAAUGGGGCCGCGGCGUUGUUGGGCGACGUCUUGCGAAACGGACACGAUCAGCUGGACCAUUUGAUAUCAAGUAUUGAACAGCUUUAG